AUGUCCUUCAUCGAUGUUAAGAUUCACAAUUGGAGUGGGUUCAACAGUCAGAUUGACGCUGCAGAGCAGGAUCACAAUAUCAUGAAUGGAGUUAGAGCCAACAAAUCAACAGUCUCCAGCCCCAAUCUAAUUUACGAGUCCACCAUUGAACAUGCGAAAAUCAAUUGUGUAAGCAGCGAAUCCUGUGCUCCGUACGGAAGUUACGGAAAAUUUGCCAACGAUGUACCGGGAGUGAAAUGGGAGUGGGCUGAGCUCCAAGCUCUGACGACCGUAUUGAAUACGUGCUCUGUAAACUCCAACCAGCUAUACUAUAUGGCACGUUGA